AUGGCCCCUUACGCCGACAUCAACAUGCCUCGGCUCCGCACCCUUCUUGUUGCCACGAUCCUCAUUCUUCUCCAACAGUCUGGCCUGGCGUAUCCCCGGACGCACCAUGCAUCAAAACUAUUUGUGGGCGGCCGCGGGGUCGAUGGGGAGUACGACUACAUCGUUGAUGGCAAAACGACGGUGCUCGUGGUGGAAUAUGGCCAGCGGACUCCCAGUGUGCUCCAGCUGAGCGGCAUCGGGCCGCGCGAGCUCCUCGAGUCGGCGGGCAUCCUCACGGUCGUCAACCUGCCCGGCGUGGGGCAGGACUUUCAGCAUCACGCCAUGAUCCAAGCAGGCCUUCGGUUCGCCGCCUACCUGGCCCGCUCGCUCACCCCGACCGAGUACCACCCGGCAGGGACCCGCGCCAUGCUGCCCAGGGACCUCGGCGGCGUCGUCGACCAGGAGCUGCGCGUCUACGGCGUCGAUCGCAUUCGGGGAGUGCCGUCCAAGUGGUCAUUCGCCGUGUUCCGUGUCGUUUCCCUUGUUCUCUGCUUCCUCCAUUUUCAUAGAUAUACUGCGUAA